GUUGAGUGCUUAGUUGCGUUUUGAAAGCGGAAAAGUGUAGUCGCUUUGGCGGUAUAACAGCUACAUAGCAAAGCGAAAUAGUCAAAACGCGCUAAAACGUAAGAAGAGUGCAUAAAUACAAUUCAAAAGUUGGUGAAUAUUGAAAGAAAAAAAAACAAUUUGUUCGAUCGCAAUGAUGGGAGAUCUUGCCCAACCAAGUGCAUGAUAAGUUAAAUAUUUGAAACUUUGUGUAAAUCAUCGCGGUGAUUUUUGUUUAUUUGGUUUGCUUACCAUUCGCUAAUUCAAAUCGACAGUUAGACUAGUUCCAUUUAGUCUUUUUUGCUUUUUCUUGGAACUUUUUGCAUUCAUUAAAAUGCAAAUCUUAGCGAUAAGUUUGCUGGCGCUGUUUGGCGUACAUCAGCUCUAUGCGCAUAGCAUCUCUACGUCACGCAACUUUACCGUUGAUUGGAAUAAUGAUCGUUUCUUAAAGGAUGGCGAGCCAUUUCGAUUCAUAGCUGGUUCUUUUCACUACUUUCGCGCGCAUCCUGAUAGUUGGCAACGAAAGCUACAGACGUUACGUGCGUCCGGCUUGAAUGCGGUCACGACGUACGUGGAAUGGUCACUGCAUAAUCCAAAAGAUGACACUUACGUGUGGAAUGGCAUUGCGGAUUUGGAGAAAUUCAUCAAGCUAGCAGAUGAGCUGGGUCUACUAGUUAUUCUGCGUCCUGGACCUUAUAUAUGUGCGGAACGUGAUUUUGGUGGAUUUCCCUACUGGCUGCUCACCAAAUAUCCCAACAUAAAGCUGCGCACAUCUGAUAUAAACUAUCUGUUCGAAGUGCGCACUUGGUAUAAUGUGCUGUUCAGCCGCCUUAAACCAUAUCUCUACGGCAAUGGCGGCCCCAUAAUUAUGGUGCAAGUAGAAAAUGAAUACGGUUCCUAUUAUGCCUGUGAUAAGAAGUAUCGUACGUGGUUGCGAGACGAAACACUCACGCAUGUGCAAGACAAUGCCGUGCUAUUCACUAAUGACGGUCCAAGUGUGCUCAGUUGUGGUCAUAUUGAAGGUGUAUUGGCCACAAUGGAUUUCGGUGCCACAAAUCAGAUAAGUAGCUAUUGGGCACGUUUGCGGCAGAUACAACCGAAAGGUCCGCUAGUAAAUGCAGAGUUCUACCCAGGCUGGCUGACACAUUGGUCAGAGCCGAUGGCACGUGUGCGCACUGAGGCGAUUACAAAAGCAUUUGUUGAAAUGUUGGACGCAGGGGCUAGCGUUAACUUCUACAUGAUGUUUGGCGGCACGAACUUUGGCUUCACCGCUGGCGCCAACGACGGUGGUCCCGGUCGCUAUCAACCCGAUAUCACUUCGUAUGACUACGAUGCACCCAUGGACGAGGCUGGCGAUGCCACUGCUAAGUUUCAUAAAUUGCGCGAAAUUAUAACUCGCUAUUUACCGAUACCGAAUGUACCGCUACCAGCACCAGUACCUAAAAAGCACUAUGGCACUGUUCGACUGAGCGCUUGCUGUUCAAUGUUGUCAGAAAAGGGUCGUGAAAUACUCUCCACUGGCGUUAUAGUCAGUACGAAACCUAAGACAUUCGAAGCGCUGGAUCAGUAUUCAGGUUUUGUACUAUACGAAACCGUGCUGCCGGACUUCAACCGUGAUCCAAGUAUUUUACGUGCCACCGGCGUACACGAUCGGGCUUACGUAUACAUUGAUGAGCAGCUAGUGGGCAUACUCUCUCGCGAGACACCCAUAUUUGAGCUGCCUAUCAGUCCUAGCUAUGGUACGCAUUUGCAAUUGCUGGUCGAGAAUCAGGGACGCAUUAACUUCGGACCUGUGACCGAUUUUAAGGGCAUCAUUAGUAAUGUUGUGCUUGACAAAGAUGUACUGUCCAACUGGACAAUGACGAAGUAUCCACUAGAAUCGAUUGAGGACAUUGAGACACUUAUAGCAUCGGUUAAUGCCGAGGAGCAAAAUGCUGUGCUGGGUUUCCACGAAGAGAAGGGUGGUUCAGUAUUGUGGAAUGGACCUACAAUUUACUAUGGACAACUAUCGAUAGCAGAUGGACAAAUUGGUGAUACGUACUUAGAUACCAGAGGUUGGGGUAAGGGCUUGGUGUUUGUGAAUGGAGAAAAUUUGGGUCGCUAUUGGCCAGAGGCAGGGCCACAAGUGACGCUCUAUGUGCCACGUGAAGUACUUAAAAGCGGCGACAAUCGUAUCGUACUCAUUGAGUACCAACGCUCUGGUCCAGCCAAUGAAAUCACAUUCACUGAUAAGCCCAAUUUGGAUGGUCACUGAUAAAAUGAAAUUAACUAAAAGCUUCUUCUGAUAUAGUAAUAAGAUUAAUAGUUUGUAUGUUUUCAAACAGAAAAUAAAUGAAUUUGACUGGGUGUCUUAAA